AUGGAUAAACCUGGACCUUCAGGAAAUAAGCGAAAGCGAGUAGCUCUAAAUACUUCGACAAAAGAAAAGAUCUUAAGUCAGUGGAUAGAGGCUGAGUUGGAGCGAGAGUUCAGUGUUGUGGACGAUGAAGAAGUGGAUCCAGAUUUCUGUUUGCACAGUGAUCAUGACUCGGCUUCAGAACAAUCUGAGGAUGAAGAAACUCAAUCUCAACGACAAAGAUCACCCCGCAGUUCAGUUGCGAUGCAAGAUUCAGGUCUAUCUUCAAUACAAGAUAAUAUACACACAGAAUCCCAAAGAUACUACAUAGGUAGUAAUGGUUUUAAAUGGUCAAGCGAUGAACCAGUGAUGCGUAACUGUCGUUCACUAAGCCACAACUUGGCUGACAUAUCUAUAUAA